UUUUCAUAAUUUCUUUGUUAACUAUAUAGAAAUCAAGCAAUUUUAUACAAUCCCAAUUUAAGCAGUUUUUCAAAAUGAGCAAGGGAUGUCUUUAAUUCGUAAUAUAGUAGAUCAAAUUUAAAAUCAUGGCCGAGCCUAAAUAGGCAAAAUCAUUUCAUGUUACAACCCAGUAAAACAGUAUUUUUGUCAGCCCACAUAUUGUGGACCUGCUCAAAUAUAGCCCAUUGGUAUGGAUUAGACGGUUUUAGUCAUCAUUAUUCAUUUCUGGUUUGCUUCCUCAAGUGUUCACUGAAGAUGCAAAAAGUUGGAAAAAAAUAUAACUGUCGCUUAAACUCGGAGAAGAAGAAGAAGACAGAAUUGCAGAAAGAAAAAAAGUCAUAAAUGGGGUCAUCAUUUCAGGGUGCGAACACAACAGCAAAGGGAAUUUACAGAAACCUUAUCAAGGCAGUGAGGACGCACGUUGGAAAGCAGCAGGAACACAAAGCCCGUUUCACAGAUUUCAUCAAUCAAGAAUUCAGAAGGGACGUUAACUCUGAAAACCCGAAAAAUAUGAAGCUCGCCCACGACUACACUUUCUAUCUUAACAGUGUUCAUUAUCACAAGGAGUUGCUGUUCUGGUACAAUAUCGCGGUGGAUAGAUCUGACGAGAUGAAAAAAGUAGUCGGAAAAUCUGCUUCUAGUGUGGGUCUCCAGCUUCCUCAAGUCUAUCAAUCCUGAUGACAAAAAGGUUUUUAUUGGAAACUCACUUCUGUUUUUUGGCAUGUUUGUGCUUUGUUAAGGUGCACCUUUGUUUAGAAAUAAUGCCCUUGUGUUUGUAUUACGGAUUGUUUGCAAACACUAAAAAGACUCGACCGAUUAUCAGGUUUCAACUUUCGAUAGGAAUAUCUCUCCCUUAUUUUAAUUAGUUUCUUAGAUUCAUAUCGAGUCGGAUUUAGGAUAGGCCUGCGGUAAAUAGAGAUCUUCACAAUAGUAUAAGUAUGGAUUUUUUAAGAAUGGAUAAAAAGUAGGCCUGAGCACUUUGGGCUUCCAUGAAAUAUGGAACGCCUCAACUAGGCGAUAUCCUCGAGCUUAUUGGGCCAUAUCUCUUGCCUAAUAAAGAUUGACUGGUCACAUAAAGAAGAAAAUGUGUCAUAUUUGUAUGGUUUUCAAGAGUGCAUUUUUUUUUUGUACAUUUACGACAUUUUGUUGCAAAUAUAUUAACUUUCACUGUUCAUAAAUUGUUGAUCUG